AUGCGCUCAAUGCUGGGAACAAGCGUGUUGGCCUGGAUGAAAGUGUGCACUACAGCGCAGAGUCGUUACACCUUGGAGGCGGGGCUGCACAGGCAGCACGAGUUUGGCUGGACUUUGGUUCCCUGCUGCUUCAGGCGUGUCCUUGAGGCAGCAAAACGUGCUAACCUGACGGGCCACUUCCUGUUUGUGGGGUCAGACAGCUGGGGUGCAAAAAGCUCACCGGUCACUGAGCUGGAGGAUGUCGCUGAGGGUGCAGUCACCAUCCUGCCAAAGCGGGCUUCGAUUGACGGGUUUGAUCAGUACUUCAUGACUCGCUCCCUGGAGAACAACCGCAGGAACAUCUGGUUUGCUGAGUUCUGGGAAGACGAUUUCAGGUGCAAACUGACCCGGCCUGGAAUCAAACUGGACCCCGAUAAGAAGAAAUGUACAGGUGACGAGAGGAUCGGACGGGACUCGCUCUACGAGCAGGAAGGAAAGGUUCAGUUUGUGAUCGAUGCGGUCUACGCCAUGGCUCACGCUCUGCACAACAUGCACCAGGAUAUGUGUCCCGGCAGCUCCGGAGUCUGCAACAACAUGGACCCUGUGGAGGGACAAGUGCUGCUGAACUACAUCAGAACCGUCAACUUCAAUG